AUGCUCAGUUCAGUGUGCGUCUGGUCGUUUCCCGGGCGCCAGGGGGCCGGCAAGCAGCAGCCGCAGCCGCUGCCAACGCCACAGCCGCUCCAGUCCUCGCCGCCGCCACAGCAACAGCAGUGCGCGCAGCCCGGCUCCGCCGCACUCCCGGCGGGUGCCCCGCUUUCCCGCGGGCCUGGGGGCCUACGCGCCGAGCCAUGCCCCGGGCUGCCGGCGGUGGCCAUGGGGCGGCACGGCGGCGGCGGCGGCGACAGCGGUAAGAUCGUGAUCAACGUGGGCGGCGUGCGCCAUGAGACGUACCGCUCCACGUUGCGCACCCUGCCGGGGACCCGGCUGGCCGGGCUGACCGAGCCGGAGGCGGCCGCGCGCUUCGACUACGACCCGGGCACGGACGAGUUCUUCUUCGACCGUCACCCGGGCGUCUUCGCCUACGUGCUUAACUACUACCGCACCGGCAAGCUGCACUGCCCGGCCGACGUGUGCGGGCCGCUCUUCGAGGAGGAGCUGGGCUUCUGGGGCAUCGACGAGACGGACGUGGAGGCCUGCUGCUGGAUGACCUACCGCCAGCACCGUGACGCCGAGGAGGCAUUAGACUCCUUCGAGGCUCCCGACUCCUCGGGCGCUGCCAACGCCGCCAACGCCGGGGGCGCCCACGAUGCGGGUCUUGACGACGAGGCGGGCGCAGGAGGCGGUGGCCUGGACGGGGCAGGCGGCGAACUCAAGCGUCUGUGUUUCCAGGACGCGGGCGGAGGCGCCGGGGGACCUUCGGGGGGCGCGGGCGGCGCGGGCGGCACGUGGUGGCGGCGCUGGCAGCCCCGAGUGUGGGCGCUUUUCGAGGACCCCUACUCGUCGCGGGCCGCUAGGUAUGUGGCCUUCGCCUCCCUCUUCUUCAUCCUCAUCUCCAUCACCACCUUCUGCCUGGAGACACAUGAGGGCUUCAUCCAUAUCAGCAACAAGACGGUGACACAGGCCUCUCCGAUCCCUGGAGCUCCCCCAGAGAACAUCACCAAUGUGGAGGUGGAGACAGAACCUUUUUUGACCUACGUGGAAGGCGUGUGUGUGGUCUGGUUCACCUUCGAGUUUCUCAUGCGUGUCACCUUCUGCCCGGAUAAGGUGGAGUUCCUCAAAAGCAGUCUGAACAUCAUCGACUGUGUGGCCAUCUUGCCCUUCUACCUGGAGGUGGGCCUGUCAGGGCUCAGCUCCAAAGCUGCCAAGGACGUGCUGGGCUUCCUGCGUGUUGUCCGCUUUGUUCGUAUCCUUCGUAUCUUCAAGCUGACCCGUCACUUCGUGGGGCUGCGUGUGCUGGGCCACACGCUCCGGGCCAGCACCAACGAGUUCUUGUUACUCAUUAUCUUCCUGGCUCUGGGGGUCCUCAUCUUCGCCACCAUGAUCUACUAUGCUGAACGCAUCGGUGCCGACCCUGACGACAUCCUGGGCUCUAACCACACCUACUUCAAGAACAUCCCCAUCGGCUUCUGGUGGGCUGUGGUCACCAUGACAACGCUGGGCUAUGGAGACAUGUAUCCUAAGACGUGGUCUGGGAUGCUGGUCGGGGCACUGUGUGCCCUGGCUGGUGUGCUGACCAUCGCCAUGCCGGUGCCUGUCAUCGUCAACAACUUCGGCAUGUACUAUUCACUGGCUAUGGCCAAGCAGAAAUUGCCAAAGAAGAAAAACAAACAUAUCCCCAGGCCCCCGCAGCCUGGCUCACCAAACUACUGCAAGCCCGACCCUCCGCCUCCACCCCCACCACACCCGCACCACGGCAGCGGUGGCAUCAGCCCACCACCACCCAUCACCCCUCCUUCCAUGGGGGUGAAUGUGGCUGGGGCCUACCCACCUGGACCCCACACGCACCCUGGGCUGCUCAGGGGUGGUGCAGGGGGACUGGGCAUCAUGGGAUUGCCUCCUCUGCCAGCCCCUGGUGAGCCCUGCCCAUUGGCUCAAGAAGAAGUGAUUGAAACCAACAGGGCAGGCAGUGACUUGGGUGUCCUGGAGGAAGGAGUUGACCCCCGUCCCAAUGGGGACCCUGCAGCAGCUGCACUGGCCCAUGAGGACUGCCCUGCUAUUGACCAGCCAGCCAUGUCUCCAGAAGACAAGAGCCCCAUCACUCCCGGAAGCCGGGGUCGCUACAGCCGGGACCGAGCCUGCUUCCUUGUCACUGACUACGCCCCUUCCCCUGAUGGCUCCAUCCGGAAAGCUCUUGUCACCGCCUGAGACCUCGCGAGACCCUCGGGUUCCCCCUGUCCCUUUCCCCCAGCAGACCCCAUCCAGUUUUGAAAUCCUCCACCUCAUCCCGUGUCCCGGACCCUUAAAAGAUGUCCGUGCUGAGUGAAAUGACUCACGCUUCUUAGUCCAAGGCUAUAUCUACCUACUGAAUUUGAAGUCAGCCUGGGCUGAAAAGUGAGUUUGAGGCCAGCUUGGGAUACACAGUGAGGUCGAGUCCAGCUUAAGCUAUAGAAUGUUCUAGGCUAGCCUGGGCUAUACAGUGAGGCUCUUAUCACAAGGUCCCAAGGAAUCCUCUCCCACUCCCUUCACUAGGCCCCCAGCCCCACCCUGUGCAGCCCCCUCCACCAGCUGCUGCCUCCACCCCAGCCCCUGCCGCCCACCAUCCCACCUCGCCAAUUGCUGCCUUUGGGCCUCAGACCCGGGGUCUUCCGGGAGGAGGAGACAAGAAGUGGGAGGGCCUCUCUACUGGGCAUGGCUGGGUGGGGCGGCUCAGUGGACAUCACCCACCUCCUAAUCCUGUCUCUCCCCCUCCCUGUGUCUGCACCUUUCUUGUUGAUGCUGACUGACUCUCCGAUUUCUUCACCUCUCUCUCCAUCUCCUCCGCCCGCCCAUCCUACCUAUCUCCCUAUCUCCCGUGUCUGCUCCGGGCACCUCUUGCCUCUCCAUCCCUCUCUCUGCCUCUGUGUCCUUGUUUGGGCUCUGUGUCGCUCCCUCGCCCUGGCUCCCAUCCCCACGCCCCCUCCCACCCUUGUCUC